UUGCGUGAACUUGCUGAUCUUCUACACCUAUUUCAUUACCGGAACAAAAACCAACAUCGCCACAGCGUCUGGUGGCGUGCUUUCUCCGUAUUCCGUCAGCAACUCAACCACCUUCUCGGCGACAUAGUCUUCUUGAUCGACGUGCCAGCUACACAUCUCGCGCGGGUCAAGAAAAAGGCUCAAGAUGCCAAGUAUCGCGCACGCAUCCAGCAACGCACUGCUCUGUGGCAAGAAGUGUUGAUACACAAAUGGCAGCAAGCUUUCUCGCAGCUUGUAGCUGAUGGAAGAUUCGCCGUGCUUGGAAUAGUCUUGAUCGCCGCGCUGGCACAGAUUUGCAUGGUCACCGGAAUCAUCGCAAACAUUGAGCAGGUUGGUCAGAUGGAAGUUGAAAAGGUAUUGGCUGAGUUCGCGAAGGAGGAUUGGGGCUUG